AUGAUUGGAAGAUUGGCGCAAAAUCAAGUCAAUUCGGCUGCAAAAUCUAAAUUUUCUGGUUUAUUGAAAAAAUUUUGCGGUCGUUUUUGUUCUUUUAUUGGAUUCGUUUGUGUGCCUAUCACUUUUUAUGAUCUCAUAGGAUAUCCAGCAAUCGUCUUUGGUUCAUCAAUGGAGCCAACUCUUCAUGGGAGUGAUUCUCGUUGGUGGAAACGUGAUAUCGUAUGGCUCUCAAAAAUUGGCCCAAUGAAUCCUCAACUUGGAGAAAUUAUAACUUUCAUUCCUCCAGAUGAUCCAAAGGCUUUACAUAUAAAACGAGUUGCUGCAUUAGAAGGUACUGUAGUGAGGUUGAAGAACGCUGGAGAAAUUUUUGAAGUUCCGGCUGGCUGCUGUUGGAUGAAAUCAGAUAAUCAACAAAAUUCGAAGGAUAGUUCUUAUUAUGGACCGGUUAGUAAAGGUCUUAUGACCGCAAGAGCGACUCAUAUAAUAUGGCCACCAAAACGAUGGAGAAAUUUAGACCCAAAAUCAUAA